AAUGCCAAUAUUUUUUCCCACCUAGAAGAGAGAGGCUUAAGAGGAGCCUUGUCCCUUGCCUUGUCUCCUGGUGACGGCUGAGGCCAACUCCUUCCACCCUACCCUGCAACCUUCAAUCUAGGCAUAGAUUUGUUCUAGAUCCAUAUAUGGGUUUUCUCCUAAGAUACAAAGAAGGAUAAACAGAGCACUCCCUUGUUCUUUAUAUUAAGAAAAAGAAGAACAAACAAUUGGAAACGAUAUAUUAUAGGUUGAUGGAAGAUUCAGAUUGUUCUGUUUACACUUCCAACCUCAUCUGCCAGGAGAAUGAUAUUGACUUUGAUGCAGAUGAUGGUGAAGAGGAACACCAUCAAAUGGUUAUACUACCCAAAGAUGCUGAUCUUACCGAAACUGAAGAGUAUAUGGAGAAGUUGGUUUUUAGAGAGUGCAGCUUGGAGAUUCCAAGUCAUGACCUUUUAUCCUGUACUGAUUCCUAUUCUUCUGUGGUAGCAGAAGAUUGGUUCAAGUGUGCGCGCUCAACUUCGGUGCAAUGGAUUCUCAAGAUGAAGGACUACUUUGGCUUCAGCUCCAGAACCGCAUACUUGGCGGUGGCCUACUUUGAUCGCUUCUUUUUGAGGCGAAUCGUUGAUAAGGGAAAGCUGUGGGUGAUCAGCUUGUUAUCGGUAGCUUGUUUAUCAUUGGCAGCAAAGAUGGAGGAAUACAUGGCGCCAGCAUUGUCAGAGUAUCAAAUAGAUGGGUAUGAAUUCAAUAGCAAAGCAAUCCAGAGGAUGGAACUCCUAGUUUUGAGUACUCUGGAAUGGCGUAUGAGUUCAGUGACUCCAUUUGAUUAUCUAAGUUACUUUACAUGCAAGUUUCAAUAUGAGUAUGGAACAAAGGAUUUAUUACAUAAUGCCAUCGGAUUCAUAUUUGUGAUCGCUGAAGCAUUUAAUAUAGUUGAUUAUCGCCCCUCGGCCAUGGCUGCAGCUGCCAUAUUAGCUGCAUCCAGCAAAAGAUUUACAAAAGAAUUAUUGGAAUCGAAGAUGAGUGCUAUUCCCCUUUGUGGUUCCUUAGAAAAGGAGCAUGUUUAUGCCUGCUAUAGUGCAAUGACAAUGGAGUCACACAAGAAGCUGAACACAACAAAGAGAGGAGCUUCUUCAGAUUUAUCAGCAAACCAUUCGAGCAUUGAUGAUGCUGUUGAUCUUGUUGAUAGUGCCUCUUUCACUGGUUUAAGCAAUAAAAGAAGAAGGUUACAAUUGCCAAGUAUCCAGUAGAUAUUAUCUGACACUGUUUUAUUGCUUGGGGCAUGGCUUGAUUUAUUGAGGAAAAAAAAAAAAGGACUGAUGUUGCUGGUUGGGUGAUUAUUUAUUGGCGUGAUUAGCUGAUGGGUUUUGUAGUUGAUUUGUGAGUUGGUUUGAGAGAUUUUUAGACUGAGUUCUUGUGUUUAAUGUGAAAAAAAUGGGGGAAGGAAGAAAGAAGGUUAACACUUUAACCCAGAGUGAAAAAGCUGAAAAGUUGGGUUUAACACUGUUUGUGAAUAGUAUGGCAGCUGGCCUAAUUGGUUCCCUUGUCAUUCAUCCAUGACUACUUCCAUACAUGACCCUUGUCAAUGACAACUUCCCCAUAUCAUUCCAUUGUAUUUUUUCUUGAAUUAGUUUUUCCCACAUCCAGUGUAUGAUAUUGUGAGGCUGAUGAUCUGAGCUAGAGGUAGGAUUUAGAGUUUGCUUGGUAUUCCUUUUUGAUAGAGGUGCUUUUUGGUUUUGUAAAGAAAUGAGAGUGGUGUUGUAAUAUAGCACACUUGUCUUCUAUGUUGCCAAGCUGAAAGUGUGUAAAGGUGAUUGAAUGUUAUUGGAAUUGUUUUGACUC